UCUCCUUCUCCUUCAGUCCUUCUCCUUCUCCCAUUAAAUACUGCUUUUGCGAUCACUGAGACCAUCCAUCGAACACCUCGACGACAUGGCACACGCCACGGGGAAAAGUCUCUGGAAUGCCGCCAUUGCCUGCCUCGUUCCUCUCCCAUCGCUCCUCUUCUACCUCUCCUUCCUCCGAGCCACCUCCUCAUCCUCCCCUCCUCCUCCCUUUGCCGCCCUCUGGGCCUGGUGCUCCCGCCACCCGCUCCUCCUCGCCAACCUCCUCUUCUUCGCCAACGUCGACGUCCUCUUCUGGAUCAUCGGCCUCCUCCUCUCCAACCACUGGUUGAUCGAUCUGUAUUGGACGGUGAUCCCGGUGAUGCUGGUCCACUAUUACGCCAGCCACCCGAUGUCCAAGGCGGACGCGGCGAGGUCUGCUGUGGCGAUUGGGCUGACGUGGGUGUGGAGCGUCAGGCUCACGCACAACUACUUCAGGAGGGAGCGGUGGCAAUGGGGCGAAAAGGAGGACUGGCGGUUCAACGAGAUGAGGAGGGAGUAUGGGAAGCCCUGGUGGUGGAUGUCCUUCUUCGCCGUCUACCUCUCGCAGCAGGUCUUUCUUAUUGGGUUAUGCUUGCCAAUGUAUGCUAUCCACAGUAGUGAUAAGCCAUGGAAUAUAUGGGACUCCAUUGCCACAGGUGCCUGCUUAACUGGAAUCGUCAUAGCUUACUUUGCAGACACACAAUUGUAUGAGUUCGUAAGCAGAAAUGAAAAUUUGAGUAAAGUUGGCAAGCCCAUAGUGCCAAAUCUUGAGGAAGGGCUUUGGCAGUAUUCUCGCCACCCAAACUACUUUGGAGAGCAGCUCUGGUGGUGGUCAUUGUUUCUGUUCGCUUGGAAUGUCGGACAAGGAUGGAUGUUUGUUGGUCCCCUAGGAAAUACUUUGUGCUUGGCAUAUGUUACAGUGCUCGUCGAGCGGAGAAUGUUGAAGAAAGAUCAUCGGGCAGAGGCCUUUAGAGAGUAUCAAAGGACAACAUCUGUCUGGAUUCCUUGGUUCAAGCGAACCAUUAGGGAGAAGGCAAAGAGUAGCUAAGGCUUAAUUUGCAAAGACUAGAUCAUUUUAUCAUAAAAUCCUAUGGAUUUGGAUGUAUCUUUCUUUUAAAACUGUCGUGUGAAUCCUGCUAGUCAUGUGGCUCUUAUGGUGUCCUACCUCCAGAAGAAUGUAUCAGUCCUACUUGUAAGUUUCAUUUUCCAUCAAAUAAAACUUCAUCCUUCAUUCUUCA